AUGUCUCUCCCCGAGAACACAACCGUGCUUAUUGUGGGUGCAGGCCCCGCAGGUCUCAUAGCUGCUCUUGCUCUCGUUCACAACAGGUGCUAUGACAUCGUUAUCGUGGAUGCCGUAGGCGAAGGAUCCAAUUCAUCGAGGUCCAUUGCCAUACACUAUGCAAUCAUCGAGGCUUUAGCAAGAAUCGAUGUCGCAGAUGGGUUACUGUCUCGAGCCAUCAAGGGAAACGCGCUUUUCAUCCCUGUGACCGAGCUUGUACUUAUGCAGAAGUUGCAGAGCCUUGGUGUGCAGGUGCAGCGUCCACACAAGGUAGUAGGAAUGAAACUGAAUAAAAAGGACUCUCGUAUCACUGAUCUUAGUGGAAUGUCUGACGACCAUUUCCAGAUCCGUACCAUCGCCGGUAUAGGGUUCUCUGAUCCAGAAGGCCCACACAUAAUCAAUGAAGAGUUGGCUCAAAUGGUCUCUGCAGAUGUCACAUUCGAGCCCGAACUUGUCGGUCCACUCACCCUCGAGGGCCACCUUAACGGUGCAGUCUUUUCGGGCAAUUUAUUGAUUUACCAUUUGGCAACCACCUCAAUGUUGCCGUAG